GAGACCGCCAUCUCCUCCUCGCUGUCGCACCCAAACAUCGUGCAGACCUACACCUACGCUGUGCUGCCGGUCAAGGGCGAGACGGGCGCACUGGACACGCCGCUGGGGCCGGGUGCGAGUGUGACGCUGGACAGCACCAGCGCCUUCACCGCCCACCCCCCCGCUUACCCGGGAGGGGCGGAGCAGGCGGGCAACGUGCACAGCUGGGAGGUGCGGCUGGUGCUGGAGUACUGCGACCGGGGCUCCCUGCGCGACGUGCUCAGCAGCACCCUGGCAGCGGCAGCGGCGGCAGCAGGGGGAGGGGCAGGGGCAGGGGGGCCAGCUGCCCCGGGCCCCGCCGCUGCCGCGCUGCUGCCGGCUGUUGGGCAGGCGG